AUGAGUGGCCGAAGCCCCUACGCAAACGGAUACGGAUAUCCCUCCGACUCGGGACGUUCAGAGAACGGCGGGUACGGCAGUUCUAGCAGUCUCGGCCUGAAUGGGUACGGAGGUGGUAGCGGAGGCGGGGGAAAUCGAGAACGAGAACGCGAACGCGAAAGACGCCCAGGCGGAUACGGCGGGUUUCUGAAUGAAGAACCGCAACGACCCCCGACAUCAUCCUCAACCUUGUCCUACGGUAGAGAAAGGGAAAGAGAGAGGGAUUAUGAUCGCGGUAGAGGGGAUCAGGAUAGAAGACCUUCUGCAGCUUCGUCGUCGCGAUCACGGCCACGAGAUGUGAAUACUGGUACGAGAUGGCGACCAGGGAGGGAUGAGACUGAUUUUAUGAGGACGAUGCCGACUGGUCGCCCCGAGGCUAUCGAUGGUGGAGGCCGAGGGGCUCAAUCGAUUGAAGAGGUGCUACAAACGAUUCAACGAAACUGGGACUUUAUGGCUACGGAGGACUGUGUACCAGUUCAAGUCGCAUUGCAGUUGAUGGACAAUAGUACGCUAGGCAAGGCAGAUCGCGAGCCGGAAUUCCUACAGACACAGAAACAGAUACAAAAGACUUUGAGGAGUAUUGUCAAUGAACAUCACCAGGGAUUCAAUAGCUCCAUCGGUACCUAUCACAAAAUACAGGCCAGCAUCCAUAGCUCUCAGAAUCGGGUUCGCAACCUGAGGAGCUCACUCGAAGAGACAAAAUCCGGUUUGCUUACGACAAAACCAGAAUUACAAGGUCUAGCAACUUCCUCUCAAGAUUAUGACGAUAUAUUACAGCUUUUCAAUCAGAUUCAUGAAGUCCAAUUGCUGCCAGAGAAACUUGAACAGAAAAUAUCAGAGAAGCGGUUUUUGUCGGCUGUUGAUAUCCUCCAAGAAGGCCUUCGCCGAAUACGUCGGUCUGAAUUUGAAGAGAUUGGAGCUCUUUCAGACCUGCGAUCGUAUUUCACUAACCAGGAGACUUCACUCACAGAGAUUUUGAUUGAAGAGUUGCAUGAUCAUCUAUAUCUCAAAUCACCCUACUGUCAGGACCGCUGGAAGUCGGCGGCCACUGAAGGUGAAAAAGCGAGUCAAGGAUCUUUGAACGGUGCAACGUGGGAACGCCCGGUGUAUAGUUUUCUCUCUAAGCUAGAUGCCUCAACACCUAUCGUAGAGGAUACUUCUCGCAACCCCGAAGCGGAGACAUUUCAUUAUAUCGGCCUUAUCAUUGAAGCUUUGAAUCGCAUGGGCAACCUGGAUGUCGCUGUGGACAGGAUCGAGCAGAGACUGCCAGUUGAGCUGUUUGCGGUUGUGGACAAGACAAAUGUCGAAGUAGACGCCCGCCAUCCAAACCUCGCGCGGACUCUUUUGUCGCAGGACAAUAAAAGCGGGCUUCCUACAGAAAUCAACGAGCAGCGUGGUCCUGUGCUGACCGAAUUCCUGUGGAAUCUAUAUGCGAAAUUUGAGGCUAUUGCUGAAGGCCACCGCGUCGUUCAUGAUGUGAUUGUGAACAUUAUUGAUCGUGAAAGACUAGGUAAAAGCACGCUAGCCAAUGGCUUCAGAGAGUUAUGGGCACUAUAUCAGAGCGAGAUUCGCUCUCUCCUACACGACUACCUUGCUACAGAUGGCGACGAUUCCUAUCGAACAGCUCCGCGGCAGGCUGAUUCCAGACGGAAUUUCGCUCUCAAUCAGCGAGAUAGAAACAAGAAAAUGUUCAAAAUGUCGGACGUCGAUCAAAAGUCAAGCGACAUGAAGACAGAGCGAGAUGAGCUAGAUGAAAUCCUGCGACAUUCUGUACCCGGUUUGGUCACCAAGACCGCCGAGCGAUCUAACGGUGAUGGCGCUUCAAAGUCGAAGCAAGGCAAUUCGGGCACCGGUCACAAGCUCCUUAUCCAGCCCAGUGUCUUUAACAUGGGGCUUUUACUUCCUCCUUCCCUUUCCUUCAUUCAGAGGCUUAAAGAUAUCGUACCGGCGGAUUCGGAUAUUGUCAUGAGCACGCUUACGUCUUUUUUGGACGACUUUUUGAUCAAUGUCUUCCAACCUCAGUUGGACGAAGCUAUCACGGAUCUUUGCGCUUUGUCAUUUAUCGCUCCGGAUGCCUUUUCCGAAGAUCCUAACUGGGUUACUGUGUCUCCGAAGCCGAUAUUCAAGGGCACUGUCAAUUUCAUGUCUUUGGUUAAAGCAUUUAGUAAAAUGCUGGACAGUAUUCCGCAUGAUCAGAUGUUCACUCAGAUGGUGCUGAGCCAGAUUGCGACAUAUUACGAUAAAUGCUGUGGCUGGUAUAAGGCUAUGGUUACGCGUAUAUCGUCCCCUGUAACUGGAGGCACACGACUGAAGAUGCCUGCUUUGUUUGCCGAUGCGGGCGAAAUCCAUGAGACGGUCAAGAAACUGCUUGUUGGAAGCGGUAGCAGGAAGGGACUUAUUGAUAAGGAAACUGAAUUGCUUCUACGAGAAACAAGCGCAACACCAUUGGAUGAGUUUGAUCUCAUCUCGGAUCCCAAGAAUGUGGUUACAUUGUCGUUGCUGCAUAACAGUUUGCAAUGGCUUGUGAGUCAACUGUCAAAACUCCGAUACAUCACCAGCAGUUCAGUCGACUCGAGUCGGAGCGAGUCCAAGCGGAUGACGCAUGCUCGCCGAUGGACUCUGAUCAGCAACAUCAAACCGAGACGGGAUAGCAUCAGCCAACCAGUGUAUCUGCCAAUGAAUAACGAAACAGUGAUCAUCUUUGAUAACACGCUGCAAUCGCUGCGCAACCUCGCGAACAAUGCUCUUCUCACCAUGCAGAUCGAUAUUAGAUGUAGGGUGAUCUACGUCCUGACCAAGGCUAUGGCGGGCCCGCAAGGCCCACAACCACAGCCGGUGGACACGCCAUCGACGCCAGCACCUAGCGCGAAUACCAACUGGCAUCUACUUCUUCCCACGUCUCCCACGGCUGCCUCUCCGCAGGUUCUGGAGCUCAACAACGAACUCAUUGCGAUAGACACUAAUCUAUCUUCAUACUUGGCCCCCAGCGAAGGGCAAUUCAUUACGUCGGGACUAGCACGGUUCAUUGAUCAGACAUUUAUCUUCUGCACUCAGUACAUUGGAGUUUUGAACCAGAACGGAGCACUACGACUACAACUCGACGUUCUCGUCUUACAGCAGAAUCUGAAAAACAUCAUCGUCGAAUCUGCUGGACUCGAGACUGAAAUCACAGAAGUAGUAGCUCUCCCGCGCAGCGCCAAAUUCCUAGAUUGGUUCCUCGAAGGCCCGCAAAAGGCCCUCGAUCACGCCAAGGAAGAGAAAGAACUCUUCGCAUCGCAAGGUGACAAGGCCCUUGCGGCCGGGAAUGGUGAACCAUUCACAUACGAUGAGUUGCGGGUGUUGAUUGAAUUGUGCUUUUCGGAGAUUAUGCGUGGACCGAGGGGGGAACAGAAUCGGGAGGAUUUCAUGGCUGCUAAGCGGAGUAAUGGGGAUGCGAUGUUGAGGUUGAGUGAGGUGAUGUGGGAUAGUAAAUAACUUCAUUUCAGUGCAUCCCGAUACUAAGCAUCAUGAAAGUCUUGGUUUUGAUGAGG